CAUUCCAUCACCCGCCCCAUUCUCCCGCUUUCCAUCACCCCGCCCCAUUCUCCCGCUUUCCAUCACCCUGCCCCAUUCUCCCGCUUUCAUCACCCCGCCCCAUUCUUCCGCUUUCCAUCACCCCGCCCCAUUCACCCUCUUUCCAUCACCCCGCCCAUUCUCCAGCUUUCCAUCACCCCACCCCAUUCUCCCGCUUUCCAUCACCCCGCCCCAUUCUCCCGCUUUCCAUCACCCCGCCCCAUUCUCCUGCUUUCCAUCACCCCGCCCUAUUCUCCCCUCUUCCAUCACCCCGCCCCAUUCUCCCGCUUUCCGUCACCCAGCCCCAUUAUCCCGCUUUCCAUCACCCGCCCCAUUUUCCCGCUUUCCAUCACCCCGCCCCAUUCUCCCGCUUUCCAUCACCCCGCCCCAUUCUCAAGCUUUCCAUCACCUCGCCCCAUGCUCCCGCUUUCCAUCACCCCGCCCCAUUCUCCCGCUUUCCGUCACCCCGCCCCAUUCUUCCGCUUUCCAUUACCCCGCCCCAUUCUCCCGCUUUCCAUCACCCCGCCCCAUUCUCCCGCUUACCAUCACUUCGCCCCAUUCUCCCGCUUUCCAUCACCCCGCCCCUUUCUUCCUCUUUCCAUCACCCCGCCCCAUUCUCCCGCUUUCCAUCUCCCCGCCCCAUUCUCCCGCUUUCCAUCACCCCGCCCCAUUCUCCCGCUUUCCAUCACCCCCCCCCCAUUCUCCCGCUUUCCAUCACCCUGCCCCAUUCUCCCUCUUUUAAUCACCCGCCCCUUUCUCCCUCUUUCCAUUACCCCACCCCAUUCUCCCUCUUUCCAUCACCCCGCCCCAUUCUCCCGCUUUCCAUCAUCCCGCCCCAUUCUCCCGCUUUCCAUCACCCCGCCCCAUUCUCCCUCUUUCCAUCACCCCGCCCCAUUCUCCCGCUUUCCAUCACCCCGCCCCAUUCUCCCUCUUUCCAUCACCCCGCCCCAUUCUCCCGCUUUCCAUCACCCCGCCCCAUUCUCCUGCUUUCCAUCACUCUGCCCCAUUCUCCCGCUUUCCAUCACCCCACCCCAUUCUCCCGCUUUCCAUCACCCUGCCCCAUUCUCCCGCUUUCCAUCACCCCGACCCAUUCUCCCUCUUUUCAUCACCCCGCCCCAUUCUCCCUCUUUCCAUCACCCCGCCCUAUUCUCCCUCUUUCCAUCACCCAACCCCAUUCUCCCGCUUUCCAACACCCCGCCCCAUUCUCCCGCUCCAUCACCCCGCCCUAUUCUCCCGCUUCCCAUCACCCGGCCCCAUUCUCCCGCUUUCCAUCACCCGGCCCCAUUCUCCCGCUUUCCAUCACCCCGCCCCAUUCUUCCGAUUUCCAUCACCCCGCCCCAUUCUCCCGCUUCCCAUCACCCCGCCCCAUUCUCCCGCUUUGCAUCACCCUGCCCCAUUCUCCCUCUUUCCAUCACCGUGCCCCAUUCUUCUGCUUUUCAUCACCCCGCCCCAUUCUCCCUCUUUCCAUCACCCCGCCCCAUUCUUCCGCUUUUCAUCACCCCGCCCCAUUCUCCCUCUUUCCAUCACCCUGCCCCAUUCCCCCUCUUUCCAUCAGCCCGCCCCAUUCUCCCGCUUUCCACCACCCUGCCCCAUUCUCCCGCUUUCCAUCACCCCGCCCCAUUCUCCCGCUUUCCAUCACCCCGCCCCAUUCUCCCGCUUUCCAUCACCCCGCCCCAUUUCCCGCUUUCCAUCACCCCACCCCAUCCUCCCACCUUCUAUCACCCCGCCCCAUUCUCCCUCCUUCCAUCACCCCGCCGCAUUCUCCCGCUUUCCAUCACCUCGCCCCAUUCUCCCGCUUUCCAUCACCCCGCCCCGUUCUCCCGCUUUCCAUCACCCCGCCCAAUUCUCCCGCUUUCCAUCACCCCGCCCCAUUCUCCCGCUUUCCAUCACCCCGCCCAAUUCUCCCGCUUUCCAUCACCCCGCCCCAUUCCACUGCUUUCCAUCACCCCGCCCCAUUCUCCCGCUUUCCAUCACCCCGCCCCGUUCUCACGCUUUCCAUCACCCCACCCAAUUCUCCCGUUUUCCAUCACCCCGCCCCAUUCUCCUGCUUUCCAUCACCCUGCCCCAUUCUCCCUCUUUGCAUCACCCCGCCCCAUUCUCCCUCCUUCCAUCACCCCGCCCAAUUCUCCGCUUCCCAUAACCCCAGCCCCAACUCUCGCUUUCCAUCACCCCGCCACAUUCUCCCACUUUCCAUCACCCCGCCCCAUUCUCCCUCCUUCCAUCACCCCGCCCCAUUCUCCCUCCUUCCAUCACCCCGCCCCAUUCUCCCGCUUUCCAUCUCCCCGCCCCAUUCUCCCGCUUUCCAUCACCCUGCCCCAUUCUCCCGCUUUCCAUCACCCCGCCCCAUUCUUCCACUUCCCAUCAUCCCGCCCCAUUCCUCCGCUUUCCAUCACCCCUCCCCAUUCUCCCUCCUUCCAUCACCCCGACCCAUUCUCCCGCUUUCCAUCACCCGCCCCAUUCUCCUGCUUUCCAUCACCUCGCCCCAUUCUCCGGCUUUCCAUCACCCCGCCUCAUUCUUCUUCUUUCCAUCACCCCGCCCCAUUCUCCCGCUUUCCAUCACCCCGCACCAUUCACCCAAUUUCCAUCACCCGCCCCAUCUCCUGCUUUCCAUCACCCCGCCCCAUUCUCCCGCUCUCCAUCACCCCGCCCCAUUCUCCCGCUUUUCAUCACCCCGCCCCAUUCCCCCGCUUUCCAACACCCCUCCCUAUUCUCCCGCUUUCCAUCACCCCGCCCCGUUCUCCCGCUUUCCAUCAGCCCGCCCCAUUUUCCCGCUUUCCAUCACCCCGCACCAUUCUUCCGCUUCCCAUCAUCCCAUCCCAUUCCCCCCCUUUCCAUCACCCCUCCCCAUUCUCCCUCCUUCCAUCACCCCGCCCCAUUCUCCCCCUUUCCAUCACCCGCCACAUUCUCCCGCUUUCCAUCACCCCGCCCCAUUCUUCUGCUUUCCAUCACCCCGCCCCAUUCUCCCGCUUUCCAUCACCCUGCCCCAUUCACCCGCUUUCCAUCACCCGCCCCAUUCUCCCGCUUUCCAUCACCCCGCCCCAUUCUCCCGCUUUCCAUCACCCCGCCCCAUUCUCCCGCUUUCCAUCACCCCGCACCAUUCUCCCGCUUUCCAUCACCCCGCCCAAUUCUCCCGCUUUCCAUCACUCCGCCCCAUUCUCCCGCUUUCCAUCACCCCGACCCAUUCUCCCACUUUCCAUCACCCCGCCCCAUUCUCCCUCCUUUCAUCACCCCGCCUCAUUCUCCCUCCUUCCAUCACCCCGCCCCAUUCUCCCGCUUUCCAUCACCCCGCCCCAUUCUCCCGCUUUCCAUCACCCUGCCCCAUUCUCCCGCUUUCCAUCACCCCGCCCCAUUUUCCCGCUUUCCAUCACCCUGCCCCAAUCUCCCGCUUUCCAUCACCCCACCCCAUUCUCCCUCCUUCCAUCACCCCGCCCCAUUCUCCCACUUUCCAUCACCCCGCCCCAUUCUCCCGCUUUCCAUCACCCAGCCCCAUUCUCCCGCUUUCCAUCACCCCGCCCCAUUCUCCCGCUUUCCAUCACCCCGCCCCAUUCUCCCUCCUUCCAUCACCCCGCCACAUUCUCCCGCUUUCCAUCACCCUGCCCCAUUCUCCCUCCUUCCAUCACCCCGCCCCAUUCUCCCUCCUUCCAUCACCCCGCCCCAUUCUCCCGCUUUCCAUCACCCCGCCCCAUUCUCCCGCUUUCCCAUCACACCGCCCCAUUCUCCCGCUUUCCAUCACCCCGCCCCAUUCUCCCGCUUUCCAUCAUCCCGCCCCAUUCUCCCUCCUUCCAUCACCCCGCCCCAUUCUCCUGCUUUCCAUCACUCCGCCCCAUUCUCCCUCCUUCCAUCACCCCGCCCCAUUCUCCCUCCUUCCAUCACCCCGCCCCAUUCUCCCGCUUUCCAUCACCCCGCCCCAAUCUCCCACUUCCCAUAACCCCACCCCAUUCUCCCGCUUUCCAUCACCCCGCCACAUUCUCCCACUUUCCAUCACCCCGCCCCCUUCUCUCUCCUUCCAUCACCCUGCCCCAUUCUCCCUCCUUCCAUCACCCCGACCCAUUCUCCCGCUUUCCAUCAGCCCGCCCCAUUCUCCAGCUUUCCAUCACCCCUCCCCUUUCUCCCACUUUCCAUCUCCCCGCCCCAUUCUCCCGCUUCCCAUCACCCCGCCCCAUUCUCCCGCUUUCCAUCACCCCGCCCCAUUCUUCCGCUUCCCAUCACCCCGCCCCAUUCUCCCGCUUUCCAUCACCCCGCCCCAUUCUCCCUCUUUCUAUCACCCCUCCCCAUUCUCCCGCUUUCCAUCACCCCGCCCAAUUCUCCCUCUUUCUAUCACCCCGCCCCAUUCUCCCGCAUUCCAUCACCCCGCCCCAUUUUCCCUCUUUCCAUCACCCCACCCCAUUCUCCCACUUUCCAUCACCCCGCCACAUUCUCCCGCUUUCCAUCACCCCUCCCCAUUCUCCCUCUUCCCAUCACCCCGCCCCAUUCUCCCACUUUCCGUCACCCCGCCCCAUUCUCCCGCUUUUCAUCAUUCCGCUCCAUUCUCCCUCUGCCGUCACCCCGCCCCAUUCUCCCGCUUUCCAUCACCCCGCCCCAUUCUCCCUCUUUCCAUCACCCCGCCCCAUUCUCCCGCUUUCCAUAACCCCGCCCCAUUCUCCCGCUUUCCAUCACCCCGCUCUAUUCUCCCGCUUUCCAUCACCCCACCCAAUUCUCCCUCUUUCCAUCACCCCUCCCCAUUCUACCUCUUUCCAUCACCCCGCCCCCCACUCUCCCUCUUUCCAUCACCCGCCCCAUUCUCCAGCUUUCCAUCACCCCGCCCCAUUCUCCCUCUUUCCAUCACCCCGCCCCAUUCUCCCGCUUUCCAUUACCCCGCCCCAUUUCCCCUCUUUCCAUCACCCCGCCCCAUUCUCCUGCUUUCCAUCACCCCGCCCCAUUCUCCAGCUUUCCAUCACCCCGCUCCAUUCUCCCGCUUUCAAUCACCCAGCCCAAUUCUCCGUCUUUCCAUCAACUCCCCCCCCCCCCAUUCUCCCCCUUUCCAUCACCCCGCCCCAUUCUCCCUCUUUCCAUCACCCCGCCCCAUUCUCCCGCUUUCCAUCACCCCGCCCCAUUCUCCCUCUUUCUAUCACCCCGCCCCAUUUUCCCUCUUUCCAUCACCCCGCCCCAUUCUCCCGCUUUCCAUCACCCCGCCCCAUUCUCCAGCUUUCCAUCACCCCGCUCCAUUCUCCCGCUUUCAAUCACCCAGCCCAAUUCUCCCUCUUUCCAUCAACCCCCCCCCAUUCUUCUGCUUUCCAUCACCCCGCCCCAUUCUCCCUCUUUCCAUCACCCCGCCCCAUUCUCCCGCUUUCCAUCACCCCGCCCCAUUCUCCCACUUUCCAGCACCCCGCCCCAUUUUCCCUCUUUCCAUCACCCCGCCCCAUUCUCCCGCUUUCCAUCACCUCGCUCCAUUCUCCCUCUUUCUGUCACCCCGCCCCAUUCUCCCGCUUUCCAUCACCCCGCCCCAUUCUCCCUCUUUCCAUCACCCCGCCCCAUUCUCCCGCUUUCCAUCACCCCGCCCCAUUCUCCCGCUUUCCAUCACCCCGCUCUAUUCUCCCGCUUUCCAUCACCCCGCCCAAUUCUCCCUCUUUCCAUCACCCCUCCCCAUUCUACCUCUUUCCAUCACCCCGCCCUCCACUCUCCCUCUUUCCAGCACCCAACCCCAUUCUACCGCUUUCCAUCACCCCGCCCCAUUCUCCCUCUUUCCAUCACCCCGCCCCAUUCUCCCGCUUUCCAUUACCCCGCCCCAUUUUCCCUCUUUCCAUCAGCCCGCCCCAUUCUCCUGCUUUCCAUCACCCCGCCCCAUUCUCCAGCUUUCCAUCACCCCGCUCCAUUCUCCCGCUUUCAAUCACCCAGCCCAAUUCUCCCUCUUUCCAUCACCCCGCCCCAUUCUCCCGCUUUCCAUCACCCCGCCCCAUUCUCCCUCUUUCCAUGACCCCGCCCCAUUCUCCCUCUUUCCAUCACCCCGCCCCAUUCUCCCUCUUUCCAUCACCCCGCCCCAUUCUCCCUCUUUCCAUCACCCCGCCCCAUUCUCCCUCUUUCCAUCACCCCGCCCAAUUCUCCCUCUUUCCAUCUCCCCGCCCCAUUCUCCCGCCUUCCAUCACCCAGCCCCAUUCUCCCUCUUUACAUCACCCCGCCCCAUUCUCCCGCUUUCUAUCACCCCGCCCCAUUCUCCCGCUUUCCAUCACCCCGCCCCAUUCUCCCUCUUUCCAUCACCCCGCCCCAUUCUCCCGCUUUCCAUCACCCCGCCCCAUUUUCUCUCUUUCCAUCACCCCGCCCCAUUCUCCCGCUUUCCAUCACCCCGCCCCAUUCUCCCUCUUUCUAUCACCCCUCCCCAUUCUCCCGCUUUCCAUCACCCCGCCCAAUUCUCCCUCUUUCUAUCACCCCUCCCCAUUCUCCCCUUUUCCAUCCCCCCUCCCCAUUCUCCCGCUUUCCAUCACCCCGCCCAAUUCUCCCUCUUUCUAUCACCCCUCCCCAUUCUCCCCUUUUCCAUCCCCCCGCCCCAUUCUCCCUCUUUCUAUCACCCCUCCCCAUUCUCCCGCUUUCCAUCACCCCGCCCAAUUCUCCCACUUUCUAUUACCCCUCCCCAUUCUCCCCUUUUCCAUCCCCCCGCCCCAUUCUCCCGCUUUCCAUCACCCCGCCCCAUUCUCCCUCUUUCCUUCACCCGGCCCCAUUCUCCCGCUUUCCUUUACCCCGCCCCAUUCUCCCGCUUUCCAUCACCCCGCCCCAUUCUCCCGUUUUCCAUCACCCCGCCCCAUUCUCCCUCUUUCUAUCACCCCUCCCCCUUCUCCCGCUUUCCAUCACCUCGCCCAAUUCUCCCUCUUUCUAUCACCCCUCCCCAUUCUCCCUCUUUCUAUCACCCCGCCCCAUUCUCCCGCUUUCCAUCACCCCGCCCCAUUUUCCCUCUUUCCAUCACCCCACCCCAUUCUCCCUCUUUCCAUCACCCCGCCACAUUCUCCCGCUUUCCAUCACCCCUCUCCAUUCUCCCUCUUUCCAUCACACCGCCCCAUUCUCCCACUUUCCGUCACCCCGCCCCAUUCUCCCGCUUUCCAUCACCCCGCUCCAUUCUCCCUCUUUCCGUCACCGCGCCCCAUUCUCCCGCUUUCCAUCACCCCGCCCCAUACUCCCUCUUUCCAUCACCCCGCCCCAUUCUCCCGCUUUCCAUCACCCCGCUCCUUUCUCCCGCUUUCCAUCACCCCGCCCAAUUCUCCCUCUUUCCAUCACCCCUCCCCAUUCUCCCUCUUUCCAUCACCCCGCCCAAUUCUCCCUCUUUCCAUCACCCCGCCCCAUUCUCCCUCUUUCCAUCACCCCGCCCCAUUCUCCCUCUUUCCAUCACCCCGCCCCAUUCUCCCGCUUUCCAUCACCCCGCCCCAUUUUCCCUCUUUCCAUCACCCCGCCUCAUUCUCCCGCUUUCCAUCACCCCGCCCCAUUCUCCCUCUUUCUAUCACCCCUCCCCAUUCUCCCGCUUUCCAUCACCCCGCCCAAUUCUCCCUCUUUCUUUCACCCCUCCUUAUUCUCCCCUUUUCCAUCCCCCCCCCCCCAUUCUCCCGCUUUCCAUCACCCCGCCCCAUUCUCCCUCUUUCCAUCACCCUGCCCCAUUCUCCCGCUUUCCUUUACCCCGCCCCAUUCUCCCGCUUUCCAUCACCCCGCCCCAUUCUCCCGCUUUCCAUCACCCCGCCCCAUUUUCCUUCUUUCCAUCACCCCGCCCCACUCUCCCGCUUUCCACCACCCCGCCCCAUUCUCCCUCUUUCUAUCACCCCUCCCCAUUCUCCCGCUUUCCAUCACCCCGCCCAAUUCUCCCUCUUUCUAUCACCCCGCCCCAUUCUCCCCCUUUCCAUCACUCCGCCCCAUUCUCCCGCUUUCCAUCACCCUGCCCCAUUCUCCCGAUUUCCAUCACCCUUCCCCAUUCUCCCGCUUUCCAUCACCCCGCCCCAUUCUCCCUCUUUCCAUCAGCCCGCCCCAUUCUCCCUUUUUCCAUCACCCCACCCCAUUCUCCUGCUUUCCAUCACCCCGCCCCAUUCUCCCGCUUUCCAUCACCCCGCCCCAUUCUCCCUCUUUCCAUCACCCUGCCCCAUUCUCCCUCUAUCCAUCACCUCGCCCGAUUCUCCCGCUUUCCAUCAUCCCGUCCCAUUCUCCCGCUUUCCAUCACCGCGCCCCAUUCUCCCUCUUUCCAUCACCCCGCCCCAUUCUCCUGCUUUCCAUCACCUUGUUCCAUUCUCCCGCUUUCCAUCACCCUGCCCAAUUCUCCCUCUUUCCAUCACCCCUCCCCAUUCUCCCUCUUUCCAUCACCCUGCCCCAUUCUCCCCCUUUCCUUCACCCCGCCCCAUUCUCUCGCUUUCUAUCACCCCGCCUUAUUCUCCCGCUUUCCAUCACCCCGCACCAUUCUCCAGCUUUCCAUCACCCCGCCCCAUUCUCACUAUUUCCAUCACCCCUCCCCAUUCUCCCUCUUUCCAUCACCCCGCCCCAUUCUCAUGCUUUCUAUCACCCCGUCCCAUUCUCCCUCUUUCCAUCACCCCGCCCCAUUCUCCCGCCUUCCAUCACCCCGCCCCAUUCUCCUUCCUUACAUCACCCUGGCCAAUUCUCCCGCUUUCCAUCACCGCGCCCCAUUCUCCCGCCUUCCAUCACCCCGCCCCAUUCUCCCUCUUUCCAUCACCCCGCCCCAUUCUCCCGCUUUCCAUCACCCCGCCCCAUUCUCCCGCCCCAUUCUCCCUCUUUCCAUCACCCCGCCCCAUUCUCUCGCUUUCCAUCACCCCGCCCCAUUUUCCCUCUUUCCAUCACCCCGCCCCAUUCUCCCGCUUUCCACCACCCCGCCCCAUUCUCCCGCUUUCCAUCACCCCACUCCAUUCUCCCGCUUUCCAUCACCCCGCCCAAUUCUCCCUCUUUCCAUCACCCCACCCCAUUCUCCCUCUUUCCAUCACCCCGCCCUAUUCUCCCGCUUUCCAUCACCUUGCCCCAUUCUCCCUCUUUCCAUCACCCCGCCCUAUCCUCUCUCUUUCCAUCACCCCGCACCAUUUUCCCGCUUUCCAUCACCCCGCACCAUUCUCCCUCUUUCCAUCACCCCACCCCAUUCUACUGCUUUCCAUGACCUCGUCCCAUUCUCCCGCUUUUCAUCACCCCACCCCAUUCUCCCGAUUUCCAUCACCCCGCCCCAUUCUCCCGCUUUACAUCACCCCGCCCCAUUCUCCCUCUAUCCAUCACCCCGCCCAAUUCUCCCACUUUCCAUCACCCCGUCCCAUUCUCCUGUUUUCCAUCACCCCGCCCCAUUCUCUCACUUUCUAUCACCCCGCCUUAUUCUCCCGCUUUCCAUCACCCCGCACCAUUCUCCCGCUUUCCAUCACCCCGCCCCAUUCUCACUAUCUCCAUCACCCCUCCCCAUUCUCCCUCUUUCCAUCACCCCGCCCCAUUCUCAUGCUUUCUAUCACCCCGCCCCAUUCUCCCUCUUUCCAUCACCCCGCCCCAUUCUCCCGCCUUCCAUCACCCCGCCCCAUUCUCCUUCCUUCCAUCACCCUGGCCAAUUCUCCCGCUUUCCAUCACCGCGCCCCAUUCUCCCGCAUUCCAUCACCCCGCCCCAUUCUCCCUCUUUCCAUCACCCCGCCCCAUUCUCCCGCUUUCCAUCACCCCGCCCCAUUCUCCCGCCCCAUUCUCCCUCUUUCCAUCACCCCGCCCCAUUCUCUCGCUUUCCAUCACCCCGCCCCAAUUUCCCUCUUUCCAUCACCCCGCCCCAUUCUCCCGCUUUCCAUCACCCCGCCCCAUUCUCCCGCUUUCCAUCAGCCCGCUCCAUUCUCGCGCUUUCCAUCACCCCGCCCAAUUCUCCCUCUUUCCAUCACCCCACCCCAUUCUCCCUCUUUCCAUCACCCCACCCCAUUCUACUGCUUUCGAUGACCCCGUCCCAUUCUCCCGCUUUCCAUCACCCCGCCCAAUUUUCCCUCUUUCCAUCAUCCCGCCCCAUUCUCCCUCUUUCCAUCACCCCGCCCCAUUCUCCCCCAAUCCAUCACCUCGCCCCAUUUUCUCUCUUUUCAUCACCCCGUCCCAUUCUUCCGCUUUCCAUCACCCCGCCCCGUUCUCCCGCCUUCUAUCACCCCGCCUCAUUCUCCAUCUUUCCAUCACCCUGCCCAAUUCUCCCGCUUUCCAUCACCCCGCCCCAUUCUUCCGCCUUCCAUCACCCCGCCCCAUUCUCCCGCUUUCCAUCACCCCGCCCCAUUCUCCCUCUAUCCAUCACCCCGCCCAAUUCUCCCACUUUCCAUCACCCCAUCCCAUUCUCCCGUUUUCCAUCACCCCGCCCCAUUCUCUCGCUUUCUAUCACCCCGCCUUAUUCUCCCGCUUUCCAUCACACCGCCCCAUUCUCCCGAUUUCCAUCACCCCGCCCCAUUCUCCUGCUUUCCAACACCCUGCCCCAUUCUCCCGUUUUCCAUCACCCCGCCCCAUUCUCCCGCUUUCCAUCACCCCGCCCCAUUCUCCCUCUUUCCAUCACCCCGCCCCAUUCUCCCGCUUUCCAUCACCUCGCCCCAUUCUCCCGCUUUCCAUCACCCCGCCCCAUUCUCCCGCUUUCCAUCACCCCGCCCCAUUCUCCCUCUUUCCAUCACCCCGCCCCAUUCUCCCGCUUUCCAUCACCCCGCCCCAUUCUCCCUCUUUCCAUCACCCCGCCCCAUUCUCCCGCUUUCCAUCACUCCGCCCCAUUCUCCCGCUUUCCAUCACCCCGCCCCAUUCUCUCGAUUUCCAUCACCCCGCCCCAUUCUCCAGCUUUCCAUCACUUCGCCCCAUUCUCUCGAUUUCCAUCACCCCGCCACAUUCUCCUGCUUUCCAUCACCCCGCCCCAUUCUCCCGCUUUCCAUCACCCCGCCCCAUUCUCCCGCUUUCUAUCACCCCGCCUCAUUCUCCCGCUUUCCAUCACCCCGCUCCAUUCUCCCACUUUCCAUCACCCCGCCGAAUUCUCCCUCUUUCUAUCACCCCUCUCCAUUCUCCCUCUUUCCAUCACCCCGCCCCAUUCUCCCGCUUUCCAUCACCCCGCCCCAUUUUCCCUCUUUCCAUCACCCCGCCCUAUUCUCCCUCUUUCCAUCACCCCGCCCCAUUUUCCCGCUUUCCAUCACCCCGCCCCAUUCUCCCGCUUUCAAUCAUCCCGCCCCAUUCUCCCGCUUUCCAUCACCCCGCCCCAUUCUCCCGCUUUCCAUCACCCCGCCCCAUUCUCCCUCUUUCCAUCACCCCGCCCCAUUCUCCCGAUUUCCGUCACCCCGCCCCAUUCUCCCUCUUUCCAUCACCCCGCCCCAUUCUCCCGAUUUCCGUCACCCCGCCCCAUUCUCCCUCUUUCCAUCACCCCGCCCCAUUCUUCCUCUUUCCAUCUCCCCGCCCCAUUCUCCCUCUUUCCAUCACCCCGCCCCAUUCUCCAUCUUUCCAUCACCCCUCCCCAUUUCCCCUCUUUCCAUCACCCCGCCCCAUUCUCCCAAUUUCCGUCACCUCGCCCCAUACUCCCUCUUUCCAUCACCCCGCCCCAUUCUCCCGAUUUCCGUCAUCCUGCCCCAUUCUCCUUCUUUCCAUCACCCCGCCCCAUUCUCCCUCUUUCCAUCACCCCGACCCAUUCUCCUGCUUUCCAUCACACCGCCCCAUUCUCCCUCUUUCCAUCACCCCGCCCCAUUCUCCCGCUUUCCAUCACCCCGCCCCAUUCUCCCUCUUUCCAUCACCCGGCCCCAUUCUCCCUCUUUCCAUCACCCCGCCCCAUUCUCCCGCUUUCCAUCACCCCGCCCCAUUCUCCCGCUUUCCAUCACCCCGUCCCAUUCUCCCUCUUUCCAUCACCCCGCCCCAUUCGCCCGCUUUCCAUCACCCCGCCCCAUUCUUCCUCUUUCCAUCUCCUCGCCCCAUUCUCCCUCUUUCCAUCACCCCGCCCCAUUCUCCCGAUUUCCGUCACCCUGCCCCAUUCUCCCUCUUUCCAUCACCCCGCCCCAUUCUCCCGAUUUCCGUCAUCCUGCCCCAUUCUCCCUCUUUCCAUCACCCCGCCCCAUUCUCCCUCUUUCCAUCACCCCGACCCAUUCUCCCGCUUUCCAUCACCCCGCCCCAUUCUCCCUCUUACCAUCACCCUGCCCCAUUCUCCCGCUUUCCAUCACCCCGCCCCAUUCUCCCUCUUCCAUCACCCCGCCUCAUUCUACCUCCUUCCAUCACCCCGCCCCAUUCUCCCGCUUUCCAUCACCCCGCCCCAUUCUCCCGCUUUCCAUCACCCCGCCCCAUUCUCCCGCUUUCCAUCACCACGCCCCAUUCUCCCGCUUUCCAUCACCCCGCCCCAUUCUCCCUCCUUCCAUCACCAUGCCCCAUUCUCCCGCUUUCCGUCACCCCGCCCCAUUCUCCCGCUUUCCAUAACCCGCCCCAUUCUCGCGCUUUCCAUCACCCCGCCACAUUCUCCCACUUUCCAUCACCCCGCCCUAUUCUCCCUCCUUCCAUCACCCCGCACCAUUCUCCCUCCUUCCAUCACCCCGCCCCAUUCUCCCUCCUUUGAUCACCCCGCCCCAUUCUCCCGCUUUCCAUCAGCCCUCCCCAUUCUCCCGCUUUCCAUCACCCCGCCCCAUUCUCUCGCUUUUCAUCACCCCACCCCAUUCUCCCGCUUUCCAUCACCCCGCCCCCUUCUCCCUCCUUCCAUCACCCCGCCCCAUUCUCCCUCCUUCCAUCACCCCGCCCCAUUCUCUCACUUUCUAUCAGCCCGCCCCAUUCUCCCGCUUUCCAUCACCCCGCCCCUUUCUCCCGCUUUCAAUCUCCCCGCCCCAUUCUCCCGCUUUCCAUCACCCCGCCCCAUUCUCCCGCUUUCCAUCACCCCGCCCCAUUCUCCCACUUUCCAUCACCCCGCCCCAUUCUCCCUCCUUCCAUCACCCCGCCUCAUUCUACCUCCUUCCAACACCCCGCCCCAUGCUCCCGCUUUCCAUCACCCCGCCCCAUUCUCCCGCUUUUCAUCACCCCGCCCCAUUCUCCCGCUUUCCAUCACCCUGCCCCAUUCUCCCGCUUUCCAUCACCCCGCCCCAUUCUCCCUCCUUCCAUCACCCCGCCCCAUUCUCCCAUCACCCCGCCCCAUUCUCCCGCUUUCCAUCACCACGCCCCAUUCUCCCGCUUUCCAUCACCCCGCCCCAUUCUCCCGCAUUCCAUCACUCCGCCCCAUUCUCCCGCUUUCCAUCACCCCGCCCCAUUCUCCCGCUUUCCAUCACCCCGCCCCAUUCUACCUCCUUCCAUCACCCCGCCCCAUUCUCCCGCUUUCCAUCACCCCGCCCAAUUCUCCCACUUUCCAUCACCCCGCCCCAUUCUCCUGCUUUCCAUCACCACGCCCCAUUCUCCCGCUUUCCAUCACCCCGCCCCAUUCUCCCUCUUUCCGUCACCCCGCCUCAUUCUACCUCCUUCCAUCACCCCGCCCCAUUCUCCUGCUUUCCAUCACCCUACCCCAUUCUCCCGCUUUCCCCCUCCCCAUUCUCCCGCUUUCCAUCACCCCGCCCCAUUCUCUCACUUUCCAUCACCCCACCCCAUUCUUCCGCUUUCCAUCACCCCGCCCCCUUCUCCCUCCUUCUAUCACCCCGCCCCAUUCUCCCUCCUUACAUCACCCCACCCCAUUCUCCUACUUUCUAUCACCCCGCCCCAUUCUCCUACUUUCCAUCACCCCGCCCCAUUCUCCUACUUUCCAUCAUCCCGCCCAAUUCUCCCUCCUUCCAUCACCCCUCCCCAUUCUCCCUCUUUCCAUCACCCCGCCCCAUUCUCCCUCUUUCCAUCACCCCGCCCUAUUCUCCCGCUUUCCAUCACCCCGCUCCAUUCUCCCGCUUUCUAUCACCCCGCCCCAUUCUCUCGCUUUCCAUCACCCCGCCCCAUUCUCCCGCUUUCCAUCACCCCGCCCCAUUCUCCCGCUUUCCAUCAUCCCGCCCAAUUCUCCCUCCCAUCACCCCUCCCCAUUCUCCCUCUUUCCAUCACCCCGCCCCAUUCUCCCUCUUUCCAUCACCCCGCCCUAUUCUCCCGCUUUCCAUCACCCCGCCCCAUUCUCCCUCCUUCCAUCACCCCUCCCCAUUCUCCCUCUUUCCAUCACCCCGCCCCAUUCUCCCUCUUUCCAUCACCCCGCCCUAUUCUCCCGCUUUCCAUCACCCCGCCCCAUUCUCCCGCUUUCUAUCACUCCACCCCAUUCUCUCGCUUUCCAUCACCCCGCCCCAUUCUCCCGCUUUCCAUCACCCCGCCCCAUUCUCCCGCUUUCCAUCACCCCGCCCCAUUCUCCCACUUUCCAUCACCCCGCCCCACUCUCCAUCUUUCCAUCACCCCGCCCCACUCUCCCGCCUUCCAUCACCCCGCCCCAUUCUCCAUCCUUCCAUCACCCCGCCCCAUUCUCCCUCUUUCCAUCACCCCGCCCCAUUCUCCCGCCUUCCAUCACCCAGCCCCAUUCUCCCUCUUUACAUCACCCCGCCCCAUUCUCCCGCUUUCUAUCACCCCGCCCCAUUCUCCUGCUUUCCAUCACCCCGUCCCAUUCUCCCUCUUUCCAUCACCCCGCCCCAUUCUCCUGCUUUUCAUCACCCCGCCCCAUUUUCCCUCUUUCCAUCACCCCGCCCCAUUCUCCCGCUUUCCAUCACCCCGCCCCAUUCUCCCGCUUUCCAUCACCCCGCUCCAUUCUCCCGCUUUCCAUCACCCCGCCCAAUUCUCCCUCUUUCCAUCACCCCUCCCCAUUCUCCCUCUUUCCAUCACCCUGCCCCAUUCUCCCGCUUUCCAUCACCCCGCCCCAUUCUCCCUCUUUGCAUCACCCCGCACCAUUCUCCCGCUUUCCAUCACUCCGCACCAUUCUCCCUCUUUCCAUCACCCCCCCGCCCCAUUCUCCCGCUUUCCAUCACCCCGCUCCAUUCUCCCGCUUUCCAUCACCCCGCCCAAUUCUCCCGCUCUCCAUCACCCCUCCCCAUUCUCCCUCUUUCCACCACCCAGCCCCUUCUCCCGCUUUCCAUCACCCCGCCCCAUUCUCCCUCCUUCCAUCACCCCACCCCAUUCUCUCCCUUUCCAUCACCCCGCCCCAUUCUCCCGCUUUCCAUCACCUCGCCCCAUUCUCCCGCUUUCCAUCACCCGGCCCCAUUCUCCCGCUUUCCAUCACCCCGCCCCAUUCUCCCGCUUUCCAUCACCCCGCCCCAUUCUCCCGAUUUCCAUCACCCCGCCCCAUUCUCUCGCUUUCCAUCACCCCGCCCCAUUCUCCCGCUUUCCAUCACCCCGCCCCAUUCUCCCGCUUUCCAUCAUCCCGCCCCAUUCUCCCUCCUUCCAUCACCCCGCCCUAUUCUUCCGCUUCCCAUCAUCCCGCCCCAUUCCCCCGCUUUCCAUCACCCCUCCCCAUUCUCCCUCCUUCCAUCACCCCGCCCCAUUCUCUCGCUUUCCAUCACCCCGCCCCAUUCUCCCGCUUUCCAUCACCCCGCCUCAUUCACCCGCUUCCCAUAACCCCACCCCAUUCUCCCGCUUUCCAUCACCCCGCCACAUUCUCCCACUUUCCAUCAGCCCGCCCCCUUCUCUCUCCUUCCAUCACCCCGCCCCAUUCUCCCUCCUUCCAUCACCCUGCCCCAAUCUCCCGCUUUCCAUCAGCCCGCCCCAUUCUCCCGCUUUCCAUCACCCCUCCCCUUUCUCCCGCUUUCCAUCUCCCCGCCCCAUUCUCCCGCUGUCCAUCACCCCGCCCCAUUCUCCCGCUUUCCAUCACUCCGCCCCAUUAUCCCUUCUUCCAUCACCCCGCCCCAUUCUCCCUCCUUCCAUCACCCCGCCCCAUUCUCCCGCUUUCCAUCACCCCGCCUCAUUCUCCCGCUUCCCAUAACCCCACCCCAUUCUCCCGCUUUCCAUCACCCCGCCACAUUCUCCCACUCUCCAUCAGCCCGCCCCCUUCUCUCUCCUUCCAUCACCCCGCCCCAUUCUCCCUCCUUCCAUCACCCUGCCCCAAUCUCCCGCUUUCCAUCAGCCCGCCCCAUUCUCCCGCUUUCCAUCACCCCUCCCCUUUUUCCCGCUUUCCAUCUCCCCGCCCCAUUCUCCCGCUUUCCAUCACCCCGCCCCAUUCUCCCGCUUUCCAUCACACCGCCCCAUUCUUCCGCUUCCCAUCAUCCCGCCCCAUUCCCCCGCUUUCCAUCACCCCUCCCCAUUCUCCCUCCUUCCAUCACCCCGCUCCAUUCUCUCGCUUUCCAUCACCGCGCCCCAUUCUCCCGCUUUCCAUCACCCCGACCCAUUCUCCCGCUUUCCAUCACCCCGCCCCAUUCUCCCUCCUUCCAUCACCCCGCCCCAUUCUCCCGCUUUCCAUCACCCCGCCCCAUUCUCCCUCCUUCCAUCACCCCGCCCCAUUCUCCCUCAUUCCAUCACCCUGCCCCAUUCUCCCGCUUUGCAUCACCCCGCCCCAUUCUCCCGCUUCCCAUAACCCCACCCCAUUCUCCCGCUUUCCAUCACCCCGCCACAUUUUCCCACUUUCCAUCACCCCGCCCCCUUCUCUCUCCUUCCAUCCCCCCGCCCCAUUCUCCCUCUUUCCAUCAACCCGCCCCACUCUCCCGCUUUCCAUCUGCCCGCCCCAUUCUCCCGCUUUCCAUCACCCAGCCCCAUUCUCCCGCUUUCCCCCAUUCUUCCUCCUUCCAUCACCCUGCCCCAUUCUCCCGCUUUCCAUCACCCCGCCCUAUUCUCCCUCCUUCCAUCACCCCGCCCCAUUCUCCCUCAUUCCAUCACCCCGCCCCAUUUUCCCGCUUUCCAUCACCCCGCCCCAUUCUCCCUCCUUCCAUCACCCCGCCCCAUUCUCCCUCAUUCCAUCACCCCGCCCCAUUCUCCCGCUUUCCAUCAUCCCGCCCCAUUCUCCCUCCUUCCAUCACCCCGCCCCAUUCUCCCGCUUUCUAUCACUCCGCCCCAUUCUCCCUCCUUCCAUCACCCCGCCCCAUUCUCCCUCCUUCCAUCACCCCGCCCCAUUCUCCCGCUUUCCAUCACCCCGCCCCAUUCUCCUGCUUUCCAUCACCCCGUCCCAUUCUCCCUCCUUCCAUCACCCCGCCCCAUUCUCCCUCCUUCCAUCACCCCGCCCCAUUCUCCCGCUUUCCAUCAGCCCGCCACAUUCUCCCGCUUCCCAUAACCCCACCCCCUUCUCCCGCUUUCCAUCACCCCGCCACAUUCUCCCGCUUUCUAUCACCCCGCCUAAUUCUCCCUCCUUCCAUCACCCCGCCCCAUUCUCCCGCUUUCCAUCACCCCGCCCCAUUCUACCGCUUUCCAUCAUCCCGCCCCAUUCUCCCUCCUUCCAUCAUCCCGCCCCAUUCUCCCGCUUUCCAUCACUCCGCCCCAUUUUCCCUCCUUCCAUCACCCCGCCCCAUUCUCCCGCUUUCCAUCACACCGCCUCAAUCUUCUGCUUUCCAUCACCCCGCCCCAUUCUCCCGCUUUCCAUCACCCUACCCCAUUCACCCGCUUUCAAUCACCCCGUACCAUUCUCCCUCUUUCCAUCACCCAACCACAUUCUCCUGCUUUCUAUCACCCCGCCUAAUUCUCCCUCCUUCCAUCACCCCGCCCCAUUCUCCCGCUUUCCAUCACCCCGCCCCAUUCUACCCCUUUCCAUCAUCCCGCCCCAUUCUCCCUCCUUCCAUCACCCCGCCCCAUUCUCCUGCUUUCCAUCACCCCUCCCCAUUCUCCCUCCUUCCAUCACCCCGCCCCAUUCUCCCGCUUUCCAUCACACCGCCUCAAUCUUCUGCUUUCCAUCACCCCGCCCCAUUCUCCCGCUCUCCAUCACCCUACCCCAUUCACCCGCUUUCUAUCACCCCGUCCCAUUCUCCCUCUUUCCAUCACCCCGCCCCGUUCUCCCGCUUUCCAUCACCCCGCCCCAUUCUCCCGCUUUCCAUCACCCCGCCCCAUUCUCCCGCUUUCCAUCAUCCCGCCCCAUUCUCCCUCUUUCCAUCACCCCGCCCCAUUUUCCCGCUUUCCAUCACCCCGCCCCAUUCUACCGCUUUCCAUCAUCCCGCUCCAUUGUCCCGUUUCCAUCACCCCGUCCCAUUAUCCCUCUUUCCAUCACCCCGCCCCAUUCUCCCGCUUUCCAUCACCCCGCCCCAUUCUUCCUCUUUCCAUCUCCCCGCCCCAUUCUCCCUCUUUCCAUCACCCCGCCCCAUUCUCCCUCUUUCCAUCACCCCGCCCCAUUCUCCCUCUUUCCAUCACCCCGCCCCAUUCUCCCGAUUUCGUCACCCCGCCCCAUUCUUCCUCUUUCCAUCACCCUGGCUUAUUCUUCCUCUUUCCAUCUCCCCGCCCCGUUCUCCCUCUUUCCAUCACCCCGCCCCAUUCUCCCUCUUUCCAUCACCCCGCCCCAUUCUCCCGAUUUCCGUCACCCCGCCCCAUUCUCCCUCUUUCCAUCACCCCGCCCCAUUCUCCCUCUUUCCAUCACCCCGACCCAUUCUCCCGCUUUCCAUCACCCCGCCCCAUUCUCCCUCUUUCCAUCACCCCACCCCAUUCUCCCGCUUUCCAUCACCCUGCCCCAUUCUCCCGCUUUCCAUCACCCCGCUCCAUUCUACCGCUUUCCAUCACCCCGUCCCAUUAUCACUCUUUCCAUCACCCCGCCCCAUUCUCCUGCUUUUCAUCACCCCGCCCCAUUCUUCCUCUUUCCAUCUCCCCGCCCCAUUCUCCCUCUUUCCAUCACCCCGCCCCAUUCUCCCUCUUUCCAUCACCCCGCCCCAUUCUCCCUCUUUCCAUCACCCCGCCCCAUUCUCCCGAUUUCCGUCACCCCGCCCCAUUCUCCCUCUUUCGAUAACCCCGCCCCAUUCUCCCGAUUUCCAUCACCCCGCCCCAUUCUCACGCUUUCCAUCACCCCGCCCCAUUCUCCCUCUUUCCAUCACCCCGCCCCAUUCUCCCGAUUUCCGUCACCCUGCCCCAUUCUCCCUCUUUCCAUAACCUCGCCCCAUUCUCCCGCUUUCCAUCACCCCGCCCCAUUCUCCCUCUUUCCAUCACCCCGCCCCAUUCUCCCUCUUUCCAUCACCCCGCCCCAUUCUCCCGCUUUCCAUCACCCCGCCCCAUUCUCCCUCUUUCCAUAA